AUGAUUAACGAAAUCAUCCCACCGAAAGAGCAGUGUCGCCGCGCUCGAAAAACAAUGGCUUUGCUGAUUAAGAAUGGCACUGUUGUCAACGAGGACGCAAUCUUCAAUGCCGAUGUUCUCAUCAAGGAUGGUGUUAUUGUGGAGGUAGCUCCUUCAAUCAAUGCUGAGGGUAACACUCAAGUGUUGGACGCCACAGGAAAGAUGGUGAUCCCAGGUGGAAUCGAUCCUCAUACUCACAUGCAGCUGCCAUUCAUGGGCAAAGUAGCUGUGGACGACUUUUACCAGGGCACUCGAGCGGCUCUAGCCGGUGGAACGACAAUGGUCGAUAAUCGACUUUGUGAUCCAACAAAAGACAGCACUCCAUUAGCCGCUUACAAACAAUGGAGGGAAUGGGCCGAUCCUAAAGUGUGCUGUGAUUACGCCUUGUCAAUGGCCAUAACAAGUUGGAACCCAGAUAUCGAGCGACAAAUGGAAGAGGUGGUGAAGCCGGAAUACGGAAUCAACUCCUUCAAAUUCUUCUUGGCCUAUUCGGGUCUAUUUAUGGUACGCGAUGAAGAAUUCUAUCAAGGAAUGCUUACCUGCUCUCGACUAGGGGCUUUGGCUCGGGUUCAUGCUGAGAACGGUGCCGUUAUUGAUGAGAAAUGUAAAGCACUACUCAAUCAAGGCAUCACUGGUCGAGGUCAAUACACAAUGUUCGACCAGAAGAGGUCUCUGCAUUCUAGACUGGAAGCCGAGGCGACAAAUCGAGCAUGUGUGAUGGCAUCACAGGCGAACUGCCCGCUCUACGUGGUUCAUGUGAUGAGUAAAGGACAUGUGAUCUUCGGAGAACCGAUCGCUGCUGGUUUGGCUGUCGAUGGUUCACAUUACUACGAUAAGGACUGGGUACAUGCCGCACAGUACGUCAUGUCUCCUCCGUUGAGUCGAGAUCCAUCUACCCCAGAAGCUCUCAUGGAUAUGCUGGCCGCUGGUGAAUUACAUCUCACCGGAACCGACAACUGCACGUUCAACUGCCAACAGAAACUAGUUGGACGUAAUGAUUUCACGAAAAUCCCCAAUGGUGUGAAUGGCGUCGAAGAUCGUAUGAGUGUAGUAUGGGAUCGAGGUGUACAUACAGGGAAAAUCGAUCCAAUGCGAUUUGUUCAGAUCACAAGUUCAACCGCUGCCAAAAUUUUCAAUAUUUACCCGAAAAAAGGUCGAAUCGCUGUCGGUUCAGAUGCAGAUCUAGUGAUCUGGGAUCCAAAUGCCACGAGAGAAAUCUCUAAGGACACUCAUCAUCAGGCUGUCGAUUUCAACAUCUUCGAAGGAAUGGUGGUUCACGGAGUCGCCGAAACAACGAUCUCUCGUGGGAAGGUGGUUUGGUCCAAUAACAAGCUGAGCGUUGAAGCUGGUGCUGGUCGAUUCGUGCCACUGGCGCCGUUUGCUCCAAUCGCUUUCGCUACGAUACCACAGCGAGCCAAGGCUAUGGCUCCGCGUUCUGUGGAUAGAGGAGAUACCAGCAGCCAAAAAGUUGUCCAAACGAACUCCGCACCAGUGACUCACAAUGAGAUUACAAACGGAAUUAACC